GCGCCCCCUCUCUCUCUGCCUCCCUGUCGCCGUCGCGCCCGCGCCUCCAUUCGGCUCUGCUGAGCGCUGCCCGCUCCCAGCCGCCGCCGCCCGUUAGAGCCCCGCCGCUCGUCAAGGAGGGGAGAGCACAGCAGAGGGAAGGACCCUCCCCUCGCCACGAACUCUCUUCCUUCUUCUUCUCCUCCUCCUCCUCCUCCUCCUCCUUCUCUUCCUCCGCCUCCGCCUGCCGGCCGGGAAGAACUCGCCGUGCCCGCAGCAGCCCCGGUGGAUGCACUGAGCGCUCGGGCGCAGGGAAAGGGGCAGAAGAGGGAGCCGGGAGCCCCGCCGCUUAGGCGCUGCGCUGCCGGAGGCUCACUGCCAUCCGCUUGAAUUCUUUUCUUCGCCCCCCGCCCGCCGGUAGCUGGCUUCGCCCCUGCCUUCUCCUCCUCUCCGCCCGCGGGAGCCAGCCGAGGCGGCGGCGGGGGCUGCACUCUUUCCCCCUUUUUCCGCCUUUUUUUUUUUAUUUUUAAUUUAAUUUUUUAAUUUUUUCUCCGCCGCCAUGGGAUGUACCUUGAGCGCCGAGGAGAGAGCCGCCCUGGAGCGGAGCAAGGCCAUCGAGAAGAAUCUGAAGGAGGACGGGAUCAGCGCCGCCAAAGAUGUGAAACUCCUCCUGCUAGGAGCCGGAGAGUCGGGGAAAAGCACCAUCGUGAAGCAAAUGAAGAUCAUCCAUGAGGAUGGCUUUUCGGGAGAAGAUGUGAAGCAGUACAAGCCAGUGGUCUACAGCAACACUAUACAGUCACUGGCAGCGAUUGUACGUGCCAUGGAUACCUUGGGCAUCGAAUACGGGGAUAAGGAGCGACGGGCUGAUGCCAAGAUGGUCUGUGACGUUGUAAGCCGGAUGGAGGACACAGAGCCCUUCUCUCCGGAGCUGCUGUCAGCUAUGAUGAGACUCUGGGCAGACUCUGGGAUCCAAGAAUGCUUCAACCGGUCCCGAGAAUAUCAACUUAAUGACUCGGCCCAAUAUUACCUAGACAGCUUAGAUCGAAUUGGAGCUGCAGACUACCAGCCCACGGAGCAGGAUAUCCUCCGAACCAGAGUCAAAACAACUGGCAUCGUAGAAACCCACUUCACGUUCAAAAACCUCCACUUCAGGCUCUUUGAUGUUGGGGGCCAGCGGUCAGAACGCAAGAAGUGGAUUCACUGCUUUGAGGAUGUUACAGCGAUCAUUUUCUGUGUCGCACUGAGUGGCUACGACCAGGUGCUUCAUGAAGACGAAACCACGAACCGCAUGCACGAAUCUCUCAUGCUCUUCGACUCCAUCUGUAACAACAAAUUCUUCAUCGACACCUCCAUCAUUCUCUUCCUCAACAAGAAAGACCUAUUUGCUGAAAAGAUCAAGAAAUCACCUCUGACCAUCUGCUUCCCUGAAUACACAGGUCCCAACACCUACGAGGACGCGGCCGCCUACAUCCAAGCACAGUUCGAAAGCAAAAACCGCUCCCCCAACAAGGAGAUUUACUGCCACAUGACGUGCGCCACAGACACGAACAACAUCCAGGUGGUAUUUGACGCCGUCACCGACAUCAUCAUUGCCAACAACCUGCGGGGCUGCGGCUUGUACUGACACCCCCCCCCCAGCGCAAAGCGACUUGUGGGGUGGUGGCGGCCCCAGUGCCAGGAGAGGAAAAAAACAUGAAAAUAAAGGUUAAUAAUAAUAAUGAUAAUAACAAGAAACCCAACGCAACCACACAUAGACACACACAGACACACGCACACGCGGGAAAAACAAGCGAAACAAAGCAAAAACAAAACAAAUUGAAUGAGAGAAAAACAAACCAUGAUCGUGUGAGUUCGUAAAUAAAAAGGCAUAAGGAAAUAUUAUAUAUAUACGUAUAUAGAGAUACCAAACCCACACCCGCCUCCUUCAUUGGUCUGAGAGCCCCGUGCCCCUGACUGCCUCCCAGGGGCAGCCCUGGGGCUGGGGCGGUCUGCCUGGCCCCAUUCCCAGAGCCGUGGGGCAGAGAGGCUGCGCUGGGAUCACCCCAUGGCAAAGCGGGGUUGCGCCAGGCUUCUGUGCAGGGGGGGCCUUCUCCUCCCAGCCCCCAUUUGACCGUGCAGGUUUACUUUUUGAUUGCUGUUAUUAUUAUUGUAAUUACUUCUUGUGGGUCGGCUCUUUUUAUUUCAUUAUUAUGACUAAUUAUGCCUCUUCCCAGCGCAGGGCUGCUCCCACCUGCCCCCAGCCCCACGGCACCACCGGCCUCCAGAACCCA